ACUCGGCUGCUUGCUUUCCCCUGCCGCUCUCCUUGGCGCAACAAUGUCGUCCUCCUCGCCGUCCACUCCCCAGGCGGACAGGAAACCGUGGGGCUGGGGGCGCUUCUCCGUCGGGGCCAGGAAAGGCACCAUGAAGCCGUCCUCCCUGGAGUUGGACGAGGACGCCCCCAGAGCGCAUUACGCGCCCUUCUCCCUCUCGGCGCCGGCAGGACCGCAGGGCGCGCCUCAGCAGAAGCAGCAGGACUGCGCCGGGACGGGGGCGCCGCCGGUGGUGGUGAGCGCCGACUUCCCGCGCCCCCCGGUCAGCCUGGACCCGCGGGUCUCCAUCUAUAGCGUCCGUAGACCCCUGCUGACCCGGAGCAAUAUCCAAGGCCGGGUGUACAACUUCUUGGAGAGACCCACAGGCUGGAAGUGCUUCGUCUAUCACUUCACGGUUUUCCUCAUAGUGCUGGUGUGCCUUAUAUUCAGUGUGCUUUCCACGAUUGAUCAAUAUUCAACUCUGGCCACGGGGACAUUAUUUUGGAUGGAAAUUGUAUUAGUGGCAUUUUUUGGAACAGAGUAUGUGGUUCGUUUGUGGUCUGCAGGAUGCCGCAGUAAAUAUGUUGGCUUUUGGGGAAGACUUCGUUUUGCUAGGAAGCCUAUUUCUAUAAUUGAUUUAAUUGUAGUCGUUGCUUCAAUGAUAGUGCUCUGUGUGGGCUCUAAACAAGUUUUUGCAACCUCUGCUAUCAGAGGAAUCCGAUUUCUGCAGAUCCUGCGCAUGCUACAUGUAGACCGACAAGGUGGCACAUGGAGACUGUUGGGUUCAGUAGUUUUCAUUCAUAGACAGGAAUUGAUUACAACUCUCUACAUUGGCUUUCUAGGCCUGAUUUUUUCUUCUUAUUUUGUGUACCUGGCUGAAAAAGAUGCUGUGAAUGGUGAUGAUGAAAAUAAGUUUGUCAGCUAUGCAGAUGCACUUUGGUGGGGAGUAGUGACUGUUACAACCAUUGGAUAUGGAGACAUUGUGCCCAGGACAUGGAUAGGAAAAACCAUUGCAUCUUGCUUUUCUGUAUUUGCAAUUUCAUUUUUUGCCCUACCUGCGGGAAUUCUUGGCUCGGGAUUUGCUCUGAAGGUACAACAGAAACAAAGACAGAAGCACUUCAACCGACAAAUUCCAGCAGCUGCUUCUCUCAUUCAGACUGCCUGGAGGUGCUAUGCAUCAGAAAACCCAGACUCUUCUACAUGGAAAAUAUACAUAAGAAAACCUUCCAGAAAUUAUCAUUUGAUGUCCCCUAGUCCCAAACCCAAAAAAGUAGGAAUGGUAUCGGUGAAAAAGAAGAAGUUUAAGUCAGAAAAAGAUAAUGGACUUAAUUCUCCUGACAGAAUGCUACCUGUCCCACAAAUUACAUAUGACCAUGUGACAGAUGACAGAAACUGUGAAAAUUUUCAGCUGGAUGCAUAUGAAAAUUCUGUCCGGCAGCAUUCCUGGACAUCCUUUUCUACAGAGCAGCCAUCUUCCAGUUCUCCUCCUUCUCCAGUGAAAAAAAGCUCUCCAUUUUUAGAUACAAACACUGGAUCAUUCAUUAGGACCAAUAGUUUUGCUGAUGAACUUGACCUAGAGGGUGAGACGUUGCUGACCCCAAUAACUCACAUCUCACAUUUGCGAGAGCAUCACCGUUCAGCCAUUAAGGUGAUACGUCGGAUCCAGUAUUUUGUGGCAAAAAAGAAAUUUCAGCAAGCCAGAAAACCUUAUGAUGUACGCGAUGUUAUAGAACAAUAUUCUCAGGGUCAUCUCAACUUAAUGGUGCGAAUAAAAGAGCUUCAAAGAAGGUUGGACCAAUCUAUAGGGAAACCAUCACUGUUUAUUUCUGUCUCAGAAAAAAACAAAGACCGAGGGAAUAAUACAAUUGGUGCCCGGCUGAACAGAGUAGAAGACAAGGUUGUCCAAAUGGACCAGAAGCUGAACCUCAUCACCGACCUGCUGCACCACCUGGUGUCCAGCCAGGGAGGAAACCAAAGCAGCCACAAAUCAUCUCAAAGGAAUGAUGUUAAUUCUGACCUCUUUCUCUCCAGCAACACUCUUCCUACCUAUGAGCAACUGACAGUUCCACGGAGCAUUCAAGAAGAUGUAUCCUGAUGCAGCAUCAUUUUCUUCUUUUUAAAUGACACUGAACAUUGUGAAUCUUGCUGAGGUGGGAUGGGGACAAAUUAAAGCUCAUGAUCAGCCAUAAAAUAAUCAAACCUGUCUACUAUAUCAAUGUUACUUAACCUCAGAUGCAUUCUUCCAAAGAAUCAUUCAAACAACCACGGAACCUUAAAACCUGCACUGUGUUGUUUUUAAUGUGGUACAUUUGUUGUUUCUAUUUUUUUUCAAUCAUAGUUGUGCAAUCUGUCAUUACACUGAAAGACCAAAAACAUUAAAGUGAUCAUAACGCAAGCAAGCAUUUUACUGGAUACUGCUGCUGCCAGCAAGGUGUGGAAAUGCAACACAAAUGCUUCUGAAGGGGUUUUCUAGCUCUGUAGCAGCUUGGCUUGGCAUAUUGCAUCCUAUAGUUCUUUAAUAAUAGUGAUACUUGAACAAAGAUGGUAAUGUGUAUUUUCUGUCUAUGAUUCUUCUGAUAGCAAUACAAUUUUGCUAAUUAGAUUCCAAAGUGGAAAAUGUAUGUUUACUGUGUUAUAUAUAAACAUACUACAGCCAUUUUAGAAAAUGGCAAAAGCACACAUUUGAUUGAUUUCUUUUCCUGUUUUCAUUUUGAGCCUGUUACAUAAAUCUAAGAUAAUGCUAGCCUUUUUUAAAAAAAAUCUCUGCUUUUCUACAGAGAAGAACUAGCACUUUGGAAUAGUAACGUUUAAAAAGAAAAGUAAUAUAGAAUUUUGCAAAUCACAGGGGGAAUAAAAUAUUGUAAUGGGAGAAAGUUAAUUCAUUUUUUAAAAAUCAUACCACUGCCAAAGAAUUUAUAUAUAGAAUUUAUCACAACCUUCUAAGUAUGCUUGUCCUGAAGGAGAUUUGAAAAUUUACUUUUUAUACUGUUUGUAGGUUUAGCUUGCUUCUUAAUGUACUGUAGAUAAGCACAGAUCUAGAAUAACUGGAUCUUGCUGGUCAAGGGCUUGAAUUUCCACAUAAGGGAGAGCUCUUGCAGGAGUACUGGGCACAGCAAAGAACCUCAGCCAAGUGCUUGGGUCACUUCUAAACUUGGCUGGCACACCCCUCCAUAAUGUCAUUCAGCCCUUUGGAUCUCAUUUGACUUUAGAAGUGACUGUGCAGUUUGCCUGACAGUGCUUCUCUACAUUGCCCAAAGUUGCUCUGUACAUCAAGGAGUCAGUAGUAGGAGCCACUCAUGCUUCUGCAGGUCCUGCUCUGCCAACAUAAAAGUUAGCACUUUUUCAGGAGAAUAGCUGAACAUAGAUGUUCAGAGACAACUUAGGGUGGUAGUAGAUAGCUCCUUGUUUCUUCUUCCACCCAGCCUCUCUUCUCUUUUAAAACAAAGGUUGGUGUCCCACCCUGGGUGCUCAGCUACACAAAGCUUCCCUGUCCUUACCCUAACAGUGAUCAUGUUGCAUCAGCUUGGCCACAGCAUUAAAUGUCCACGAUUUGUUUCUAAAAUAAGUUGUGCACAAUGGCCCAGUUAGCCAUUAUACUAGAAUGCCCAACAUAGUGACAAAUACUAAAGAAAAGUACUUAAACUUUUACAUAUCUUGGUCCAUUGACACUUGCCUGUCGGCCCUGUUUUACUGACUAGUGGAUCCUCAUCCUGCAAAGUAGUGGCAAACAGAAGACCUGAAGGUACUCAUUUCAUGGCUUCUGUUGCCAGGAGCUCAAGUGUAAUGAGUUGCAUGGCCCCAAGGAGAGUUAUCAAGGAAAAUUCUACAUCCAGUGGACAGCUAACCUGAGCAACAUUCAGUGAAUAUAUUGCGCAGGCUAUAUGAGUAAGGCUAAAGCACAAGAAACUGAUAAUUAGGCAUGUUACAACAAGUUCUAAGAAUGUUUCCACACUGGGCCUGAUAGUGCUACUGAGGCAUUCCUUUCCUAUAUUAAAUAGGAACAAUUGAAAUAAGUGUAAAGUUGCCAUUUUUGUAAAAGGCAAGAAAAAUGAGAUUGCUUUGAUUGCAAAGAAUAAUCAAGGCUCUUCAUAACCCUAACUGUCUAUGCAAAUAAAGGCUUGCUGAAAAAAAAAUAACCCUAAGUGGGAACAGAAAUUAAAUAAUUAAGAGCUCAAUGAGGAAUAGUGCAGCCAGAUGAGUUAACAAGAAGCAACUAAUUAAUAUGCACAACUCUCUUUAGAACCAAAGAAGAAUCCUGUUGGAUCAAACCAAUGGUCUCUCUAGUCCACUCUCCUUUUUCUCACAGUGGCCAACCAGAUUCUUCUGGGAAGUCUAAAGGCAGGGCAAAAAAACAACAAUGUUCUUCCUGCUGUUGCCGUGUUCCAUCCCCCAGCAACUGGUUUCAGAUGAAAACCACUGCUGAACAUAGAUGUUCAGCGACAACUUAGGGUGGUAGUAGAUAGCUCAAUGAAAAGGUUAACCCAGUGUGUGGCUGCUGUGAGAAAGGCAAAUUCCAUGCUGGGCAUAAUUAGACAUGGAAUAGAGACUAAAACUACUGCUAUCAUACUGCCCUUGCACAAAACUAUGGUGAGACUACACUUAGAAUACAGUGUACAGUUCUGAUCACUACACCUAAAAAUGGAUACUGCAAAACUUGGGAAGGUGCAGAAAAGAGCAACCAAAAUGAUCAGGGGGCUAGAGCAAUUGUUUUGAGGAGUGGUUAAAAUGCUCAGUGCUAUUUAGCUUAGAAAAAAAGGUAGGUGAGGGGAGACAUGACAGAGGUCUGUAAAAUUAUGCAUAGUGUAGAGAAAGUGGACAGGGAAAUCUUUUCUCCCUCUCUCAUAAUACUGGAACACAGGGCCAUCUGGUGAAGCUGACGGGUGACAGAUUCAAAACAGACAAAAAGAAGUACGUUUUCACACAAUCAUAGACUGAUUCCGC